CUUCUGAGUGACAGAAGAAUUUUUUAAGCUGUUACAAUUCCGUUUCUUUCGCAAGGAUUGAAAAACGUUAAUACUGAAGUGUUGUCGAUAUCUUAAAAAUCAUUUUGUUUUGUUGUUUUCUUUGAAACGUUAUGGCUAGCAUUGGUCUAGCUGUAAGUCUUCCAAAUUCAGAGGAAAGUGCAGUUUUCACGCAGCUAAAACCUGUGAGGAUGUCUGGAGGAGAUGGGGGAGAGGACUCAUCUGUGUUUGAGGAAAUAAAGCCCACGACGAGGGUCCCAGAAAACCAUUACGAAGCAAGCCAGACUCGAUCAGAGUUGGAUAAAUACCUCCAUAAUACAACAGCAUCCUUAGUAUCUGUUGUCCCGGAUAAGAAGUACAGACGAGAAAGUGCGUCAGUUGUAGAUGAAUAUUUUUCUACAGAGAAAACAUCUCCAUACAGCGUUAAUAUUAAUGUGAUCCUUCCCAACACUACACAUUUACGUACUGGCCUCUACCGGCCCACUAAAACCUUCCAACAGAUGAAGUCAGAACCCGAGGCUUUUCCGCAAGCUACAUCGUCCAGUUCUUCAGCAAUGCAGACUCUCCCAGAUUUCACCUCAGUGUUCAGCAUGCCACAGAGUAUGAGUAACAUUUUCAUCAAACAGGAAAAUCUAACUGAUGAACUUCAGAUUGGGCCACAGCAACCCCAGGUCUAUCAGCUGCCCAUCAGUUCAAAUGAUGUAACAAUGCCUAUGUCUACCAGCCAAUCAAACAGCAGUAACACCAUGCACACACUAAACUGUGUUACCAUGACCAAUGGCACUGGAAUCAAGCACUUUCACACUCCAGUGAGGACCCAGGGUGGUUUUGUACCUCCAGGCCAGUUUUACCAAGCCCCAUCAUUAAGUUUACCUCCUUCCCCACCAAACUCUCAGCCUGGGAGCCCUGAAAACCAGCCAGAGCUCAUCAACACUAUGUCUCCACCUCCUCCUUAUGAAGCCACACUGGGUCUCAAACUGAUGCAUGGACAACCCCAUCUUAACAUCCAUCCUGGAAUGAUUAGCAGCAUCACACAGGCAAGCACACCACGCUACAACAGACGCAAUAACCCUGAGUUGGAGAAAAGAAGGAUUCAUCACUGUGACUUUCCAGGCUGCACCAAGGUUUACACCAAAAGCUCCCAUUUGAAGGCACAUCAAAGGACACACACUGGAGAGAAGCCAUACAGAUGCAGUUGGGAAGGAUGUGACUGGCGCUUUGCCCGUUCAGAUGAGCUGACCCGGCAUUAUCGUAAACACACAGGUGCCAAGCCCUUCAAGUGCAUGGCUUGCGGGCGGUGCUUCUCCCGGUCAGACCACUUGGCGCUGCAUAUGAAGCGCCACCAAAAUUAGGGGAUGUUGGCGCCGAGGAAGAAAUCAAGUUUGCCUCCAUGACUCGUCCCUUUGUUGCCUGCUGUAUAUUGUUUCCUUUGGGCUUAUGUUAUAACAGAUCCUUUAUGUAAAGGAGAACCUACCACGAGAUGCAUAAAUAAGAUCCAAUACAUUACAAAAAAAAUUCUUGUUUUUUAAAAACAUGACAAGCAGACACAUACAUACGUGUAUGCAGUUUAGGGUGAGCGCGUGUGUGUGUGUGUAAGUGAAGCCAGAGUAUUGAAAACUGGAUGUACAAUAAUAUGAAAAGAGGGAUUUUUUUAUCUUUAUAAUUUAUUUUUCUUUUUAGUGUUCAUGUAUUGUAUUCUUUACCUUUCUGUAGUACACAGACAAUGAGUGAAAAUGUUUGCUGUAAAAUAUUGAUUUUUUUAUUUUUUUUAUUUACUGGUAUGGGAAAAGGUGAGGAAUUUUGUUCAAAUCCAAGACCUUUUACUUUUAAAAUGUUGUGUUUUUUAAAGAAAAUGUAUUUUUAUAAAGGAAAGACUUUCAGUGUGUAAUAGUCAUCUCAAAUCAAGCACUUCCACUGACAGUAGGACAAUCUCGAGCCAGGCUGACGAGCGUUGGAUCUUACUGACUACUGCUUUUUAGAUUUGCAGCACAUUACUGGCUCUUUAUUUUACGAAAGAUGCUUUAUUUUGAUAUGAAAAACAGAAAAGAGUAUUAAUUCAUUCUGCAGACGCCUAGAGGAGAAAGCACUACUGUUAGGGUAAAACUAAGAACAAAGCGUGACGUGUCUCCUAGAGGUCUGUGCUUUAAAAUGCUGUGUCACGGUUCACGGUUUUAUAAUGUGACAUAAUGUCCCCACUAGAACAUAUCACUCAUCAAUUUUUAUGUCUGAUAACGUGUCAUUUGCUAUUCGUUCUGUCUUGUGAUGACUUAAGGAGUUAAUUGUCAAAGGAUGUGUUGAUUAUCAUCUGAAAAUUAGCCAAAGCCACGUAAAGUCAGGACCACCCGCCAGAACUGACUUGCUUCUGAAAUGUGCCUCCAUCAUUCUUUGUGCCUUGCUGGUACCGUUGCAUGACUGACGCUAAGCAGCUGACCCUUUCUGUGUCACAUGGCUCUGGUUCAGUCGUGUCACACUCCAUUCAGUCCAAGCUUCCAGUGAAACUGGGCAUAGCACUUCUGCCAAGUGCUGGGAAUUUUAAAGGCUGGAAAGUAUUCUUCAUCACUUAACAGUCGUCUGACAUGCAUUUUUGUUGUAGCAUCAUCUCUGUGUUCGUUAUUUAGAGAAGUUUUCUUGUUCAGUGAGUUAACUAAAUCAGAUAAAUGCUUCGAUUCUGAUUGUUGUAUGGACAUUUGGCUGAAAACGAGAACUCCAAAUGUGUUCUUUUGGUGGAUGGCUGCAGCUUUAUUUUUAUAAGCCCAGCAACCUGCUUUUGUUGUUGUAAGGGAGGCAAAGGAAGUGUGCGGAUUUAAAAGAGUUAUAGACCACCUUGAUUUGCGGAAUAGACUUUCGCAGAUUUAUCACACAAGUACAAACUUACUUUUCUAUUCAGUAGCAAUAAGAUGGCAGCCCUCAUUAUGCUGUUCACCAAACUGGACUGUCAAAUCCAUUGCAUCUGGAAGCGCACUGUGCAUACCACAGAAUUGGCAUUUGCUGACGUUUGGCUCAGGAAGGACUUUUGAAUGAAACAUUGUAAAAUGUGGGACUGUGAAAUAAAAUUUUCAAAAUGGGCCAAACAAAUAUUGUGUGCUGACAAAGUAUGGAUGGGUGUGCAAGCCAGAGUUUGUGUGUGUGUGUGUGCGUGCGUGUGUGUGUAUACAUAAUGGGCAGUUUUCUAACAUUAGUAAGAAAUGCCUUUCAUUAAGAGCAUGGCCAGAGUUCAGAACCCCUUUUGUAAAUACAGUAUUUUGGUUUUUGGUAAAAAUAAAAGUGAACUGUACAUAUAUCUAGAUGAUAAUGCAAUGUUUAUAUUAUGAACAAAAGGGAUUUUUAAGUGGUGGUAGUAAAAUAUUUUUGAAUUUGAUACAUUGUAGAAUUUUUACUAAUUCUAAGGAAAUCACGUUUUGUAUAAAAUAUUAUAAUGACUAUUUACUUUGAGAACAACAUAUUUUUCCAUUGAAAAAUGAAAACCUUGUAAAAUAAAGAGCAUAAUAAACAGAUUAUAAAGAU